AUUUUUCAUGAGCUUCUUAUUUAAUAUAGUUUUAGUUCCUAAUUCUUGGAAUUGUGUUCCAAAUUUAAUUCAUGUCUAUUAGUCUUCCACAUCCAAAUUGAAGUUUUAGUAGGAUCUUGGAGGGGGGGAUGAAGUAGUGGAAGCAACAACCAAUCCUUAACAUCAAUCAAUAUCCGUUGGAGUAGGAGAUUAUUCUUUGCUGUCCAAAUUUGUCAUGCAAUGAUAAUGAUGGUGUCCAUCUCCCACAUCUAGCAUCUCUCAAAUAAAAAUAAAAUCUAAGCCACUUUUUCUUCUUUAGCAUACAGGUCAGUUGUUACUAUUAAGAAUUUGAAUGUAUAAUUUCAUUCAAUAAAUUACUCAUUACCCUAUUUUUUACAAUAUUUUUUAAAAAUAACAUUAUUAAAAAAAAUCAAGAAAUGACAACCGUUGAUAAUUAUAUAUUUAUCCCCAAUGAUGCACGUGACAUCCUAAGUGGCUCUACUUCGUCAAAGCAAGCCAUGUCAGCUUUAAGUACGUGUUGACGUGGCAGUCGCCACCCAAUUCUUAUCAACAACUAUUGAGAAUUGAAAAACUAAUUUCAACAUUUUGUUUCUCCAUUUGGAAGAAAUUAAUGGCAUCAAGCAACGAGAAACCGACUCCGAUAGCAGCGAAGGCGGAGGGGAGGCUCCUCAGCCGCUGGGAAAGGCGAUGAUGGCGAUGCAGCAGGUGGUGGACAAAGGGGCUCAAUUGUUGCAGUCACUAAAACCAUUGAAGCAAAUGAGUCAACAUAUUUGCACUUUCACCCUACAUUAUGUUUCAAACCAAAAGCUUUAACACUCUCAUGCUCAUGAGAUAUCAGGGCUUUGGGUUAACCCACAAAUACCCGAAGUGGGAUGA